AAUGGGGAGAAGAGAUAAUAGGGCCUGUAGAUGGAUCAUAACCUUAUAAGCAUUGCAAAGAGAAAAAUAAAUUAAAGAGUCUAUCAUUAUACACUAAAGACAUAACUGGAGCUUAAUCAGAUACUGUUAAGAAAAUCCCAAAAGAAUCUUAAAAGAUAACAAAUAAUACUCAAGAUAUUUAUAGAGCCUAAGCUGAUACUAUCUAAAGAGGGAUGUAAACUAAGAGAUAGACUAAUCCAUUGCAACCUGCUUACUAAUUAUUAGGAC